AAUGGCUGCCCAAACAUCCAAGGUUGUGCUGUCACUGGACGCUAAAGAUGUGAACUCAAUCAAAGAUGGCGUGAACUUCAAGAAAAACCCCAAUGAUGGGAAAUGUUACAUCAUAUUCAAGAGCAGUGAUGGCUUCAAAGCAUGCAAAAAUCAGUGCAAACAUCAAGGGGGGCUGUUUAUCAAGGACAUAGAAGACCUGGAUGGCAGGACAGUUAAAUGCACCAAGCAUAACUGGAAAUUAAACGUCUCAUCAAUGAAAUAUGUGAACCCGCCUGACAGCUUCCUUCAGGAGGAACUUGAGGUUGAACUCUUAGAUGAUGGAGGGAUGCAGCUAGUGGAGCUGAACCCCAUUGAUCCGUGGCUAACUGAUCCCAGAGAGUGUCAGGAGCUUCAGCCAGGAGAAGUAAAAAUAACAUAUUUCACCCACGCCUGCAUGGAGCUGCAAUUUGGACAGAAGCGCUUCCUGUUCGAUCCAUGGCUGAGGGGCCCUGCCUUUGCCCGAGGCUGGUGGCUUCUUCACGAGCCCCCGGCAGACUGUCUGGAUAGACUCUGUGCAGCCGAUCUUAUCUACAUCAGCCACUUGCACUCUGACCACCUGAGGUAUUUGGAGCAAAGCAAAGUCAAGCUGACCAAUAUCAAAGUUACUCCGUUUGGCAUUUGGCAAAACGUUGAUGAAAACCUGAGGUUCAUGAUUCUGAUGGAUGGUGUCCAUCCUGAAAUGGACACCUGCAUUAUUGUUGAAUACAAGGGUCACAUGAUCCUGAACACGGUGGACUGCACCAGACCAAAUGGUGGCAAACUACCAGAGAAUGUGGAUCUGAUGAUGAGUGACUUUGCUGGUGGUGCAUCUGGAUUCCCCAUGACAUUUCAAGGGGGGAAAUAUACUGACUCUUGGAAGGCAGAGUUCAUCAAAACUGAAAGGAAGAAAUUAUUGAACUACAAAACUACACUGGUCAAAUCUCUGCAGCCAAGGAUCUACUGUCCCUUUGCUGGAUAUUUUGUAGAAGCUCACCCAUCUGACAAGUCCAUUAGAGAUACAAACACCAAAAACAAAGCAGAAGACCUCAAUGCACUUAUCAAUAAGCUUGCACCAGAAAUAAAAACGUGGACACCCAAGCCUGGCGCCGUGCUGGACCUUGGCCUUGCACUGAAAGACCCCACAAGCAGUGAGGCCAUCAUUGAUCCUCCAGCAAAUACCAAAAUCUACAAGGACAGCUGGGAGUUUGACUUGUAUGUGAAUGAGCUGAACAGCGCUAUCAGCAGUGAGAUAUUUAAACAUCAGAGCUGGAUCCAGUUUUAUUAUACAUGGGCAGGAUUUCAAAACUACAACCUGGUGGUUCGGAUGAUUGAAACAGAUGAGAGCUUUAAGCCACUGAACAACGGCUAUGACUACCUGGUGGACUUUCUGGAUUUGACAUUUCCUUCCACAAGGCCUGACAGAGAGCACUCCUACAUUGAGAUUAAAAACAGAAUUGGUGUGAUGAGGUACGUGGUGCUACAUGGAUGUCUCUGGGAUGACCUCUACAUUGGCUUUCAGAACCGCAUCAGCAGAGAUCCUGAUGUUUACCACCACAAGUUUUGGAACCACUUCCAGACCCAGUUACCGCUUCGCUGUCCAGACUGGGGCGCGUUUCUGCAGCAGGCCCCCCCGAUUCAGGAAACAGUUGCAUCUGCAUAUGAAGGCUUAAUGAACUAUUGCUCUGUUUUAUAGAUCUGGAAAUAGGGGAACAUGAAGAUAAAGUUGAAGAGGUUCUGGUUUAAAUUAUUGUAUUAAAUUCUACGAAGUACAGGAUGAAUUACAAUUUUAAAAUUAUGAAUCCACUGCACUAAAUGAAAGAAAUUUAUUUAACUACAUUGGUGGGAGCUGUUAUUCAGGGAAAGAAAACUGUUAAGUCUGAAGGUAGUUGAAUGUAUUUUUAAUGUUUACAAGGGGUUAAACUGUUUAUGGAAGUUAUCUUGAGUAUCUACUCUGGUGUUUUUUUUUCUUCUAUUUUCUUGUACUGUUUAUGCAUAGUUUCUUAUCCAAAUGAGGGUAAUGCAUUAAAUCAGUUAUAGAGCAAGGUCACACAUGAUGACUACUGCCAUUUAAAGAGAGCAAGUGCAAGAGAACAAGUGUUUGUGAACUUGGCAUGAUUGACAAUUUGAAAUUGCUUUACAAGAAUGAAACUGUAAAAUAGAGUGAAAAUACAAGCAGAAUAAAAGCAAGUAACGAUAAAAACUAUUAAAGCAGUUAGUAAAACAUAAAACAGUUAGACCACAAACUUAAACUAAUGAUGUCGCAGUUAACACAUUGGUGUUGGUGCAUGAAUUGUGAGUUAUUCUAGAUGCCUGGACUUUAGUAUUUUAAUCCUGGAAAUGUUCUUCAGGUGAUAAAAUGUGCCUCUGAAGAGUAAGGACUGAGUCUAGCCAACGCUUUGAUUGGUUCAUAGUCACCCGGUGACAAUGUGCUGUAAAGCUGUGCGUCAUCAGUAUAGUUAUGAUAGCUGAUCUGUUGUUUGCUAUGAUAUUAGCUAAAAUGAGAGUGUAGAUAUUGAAUAGGAGGGAAGUUCUGCAUGGGAUUUUUUCCGGUCUCUGAUUUAAAAUUCCCUACUGACACAAUAAAAAAGGAAAAUGUUUAAUGUUGGUGAAUAAAUACCUGGUUGAUCUGCAUCCCACUCUGCAUCAAGUCUCCUUCUUAAUCCAGCCGCUAAGGGCCAUCUCUGACAAACAUUAAUGACAUUUUAUAGAAAUUACCUUUUACAAUUUUGUUUUUGUUUCUUCUGUAAGUCUAGGGUGCAAUAACCAUUGUGCAUUUGUGCAU